GAUCGAUUGCCGGGCGGCCGGAUGUGCUACAGACCUGGCAUCUCUCCUUGAAAGAGAGCUCGUUCGAUCGAUCGCCGGAGACGAGACCUGCCGAUACGCCGUGUUUGUAUAGGAUUUUAGUUUCGCCCCUUCGAGCUUUUCAAGAUUAAAGUAUUUUGCGUCUAGAAUAUUUUUAGGAAGUGGAGGAAUUUUAAAAAAGGGAAAGAAUUUUAGGAGAUUAUAUAGUGCGUUGAGAGAUGCCAUUGCUUGGAGUAGGGAAUAAAUAUCGCGUCUGAAAUUUAUUCGAACGAACGACUGAUUUCGUUUUCGGAUUUAAUUGAAUUAUUGAGAAGUUAAUUUAAAUAUCAGAUUGUGCGUGAAAAAAAAACACACAAAAUAAUUUGUAGGGGAAGAAAUUUCGUAUCGUUACGUUAAAAUGCAGGAUUGAAUUCGAAUGAAAUGUUCGUUUUAUAAAUAAUUCGGAUUCUGCCACUUUUCCUGUUUCUAUGAUACAAUUUUCUCUCAACUUUAUCCGUGUAUAUAUUUAUAGCACUGUCAUAUAAGAUUCGAUCUACGAAGAAUCGAAAAAAACUCAGCGUAAACAAAAUUAUAAAUUUUCUUAAGGAUGUAACGUUUUGAAUACGUUUAGUCAUCUCUUACAAUACCUCUUUUAUUUUUUAAUACAAAAUAGAAAAUUGAAAAGAUGUGUGUCACGCAAUUCUAUUUUCCUUUCACAUAAAUGCAAAUAUCCAAUUUCUUUUCCGCUUUUGUUUGCUAAUUGCAUACAUAAGUAUAAUUGCUCUAACGUUAAUAUUACUUUUAAUAAUACAUCCACGGACGGAUAUUUUAUAAUUUGCCUUAAGUGCGCAGAAAAACAAAAUAUUCACACGACGGAAACGCUAAUCGACGAAAUGAUCGUCGAAUAAACGAGCGCAAACGCUUCGCGUGUGAGCCUGUUGUAGGGAGAUAGAUAUAUAACGCCUGGAUUAUGCGACACCCCACUAUCGCGUAACCAUACAUAUAUUACGCAAUUAUGUUAUCUUCCGAAUAAAAACAUAUGGAGUAGUGCGUCGUUACGUUAUCGCUGUAGAGUUGGCGGGUACGGGGGGAGGGGAGUUUGGAAAAUCAAUAUAACCGGCAUAAUUAAACAUCUCGCAUCCUUCUCCGUUAUAUUCGCGAUAUUUUCACCAUUAUUAUUUGUCACUUGUUAAUUAAUUUUAAUUAAUUAUACAAGAUUUAUUCAUCAUAAGUUAUUGAACAUAAUGUAAUUUAACUCCUAAAUAACACAUUAUACAUGGUGUCUCACAUUUAAUACAUUACCUUUUAACACCAAGUAAAUUUCUCUUUCAUUGCGUUUAAAAAUCACCCUGUAUAACAUGCACAGCUGUACAGCGCUGCGAGCACGUGAUGUCAAACGUUGUCGUCGCGCGACUAUGCGUCACGUUGAAUUUUUUUUUCGCACGAGAAUAUUCGCAGGCACGUCAUUCGUCGUUCAGUUUUCGUUCCGCGAGUGUAUGACAGUAAUUGAGUCGCCGUAAAAUCAGCUGUUCGGCGAUAAUCUCCUCUCGUCUUCCGCGAACGUCGUCGGCUUGGUCGCGCUCGAGCGGCAUAACAUAACCUGAAAAGUGCGACAAGAGGUGACCGAGGUCGUGUCGAAUUUUAUCCGUGAAAUGGACACGGUGGCGAAUAACAACGCAUUUCAUAUGCGCCUCGUGACCGGCUUCAACGUUGGCGUCGUGGCACGGCACGACGUACGUCGCGGCGAUCGAUGCAAUUAAGGGGAAUUAUUUAUUAUUGAGGCUUGUGUAUAUAUGUAUAUAUAUUAUAUAUGUCUGUAUAUAGAGACGAUCUAACUACAAAGACUAACGCGAACGGGCUUCCUAUCCGAUGUGCCACCACGGAUGCUCCGAUCCGGUCGUAGCUCCGAUUCGCGUGUACGUGUGAGACAUUCUUGUAUUCACAGAAAUUAAAUAUGAAUCAGGACAGAUGUAGCACGCGUCUCGGUUACAUGUGAGAUAUGUAUAUAUAGGUAUACAUAUAUAUGUAUAUAUAUAUAUGAGAAAUUUGACGUUUACGACGAGCGAUCAUGGAAGUCGCGGCCACGAAGCUGGUGCAAUGGUUUAACGAGCUCAGAUCCCGUGUGCAUCUUUAUCUGCAUGCCCAGACCCUUGGUCCGGGAAGGACGGAAAACGGUGGCUCGCAGGAUGAUGAUCAACCACCUACGCAAUACAAUGAGGGUGAAGGAAGGGUCAUUUUUAUCAAUGCACCUCAUCAGCCUGCAAAAUACAAAAACAAUCACAUUACGACUGCGAAGUAUUCAUUUCUGUCGUUCAUACCUUUAUUCCUGUUUGAGCAAUUCCGUCGUUACAGCAAUUGUUUCUUCCUGUUCAUCGCACUUAUGCAGCAAAUACCAGACGUGUCUCCGACAGGACGCUGGACGACAUUGGUUCCAUUGAUUUUCAUCCUCAGCGUGUCCGCUUUGAAGGAAAUAGUCGAGGAUGUUAAAAGGCAUAGAGCGGACGAUGAAAUAAAUAUGAGAGAGGUGGAGGUGCUGAGAGAUGGACACUGGGAGUGGAUACAUUGGCACGCCGUGGCUGUCGGCGAUGUGGUUAAGGUUCAUAACAACACUUUCUUCCCCGCCGACCUGGUCUUGUUGUCGUCAUCGGAGCCGCAGGGUAUGUGCUUUAUAGAGACCGCUAAUCUGGACGGUGAGACAAAUCUAAAGAUCCGACAGGCUCAUCCCGACACUGCCAGUCUUUUGGAUACCGCGGAAUUGAUGAAUUUUCGCGCCAACGUCCAGUGCGAACCGCCCAACAGGCAUUUAUACGAGUUCCACGGAGUUUUACGAGAGACCAAUAAACAGAGCGUAACUUUAGGGCCUGAUCAAUUGUUACUCCGUGGCGCGAUGUUGCGGAAUACACGAUGGGUAUUCGGCGUAGUCAUAUACACGGGGCACGAUACGAAACUCAUGCAGAAUAAUAACGCGACAGCGCCAUUGAAACGAUCCACCCUCGAUCGAUUGAUCAACACGCAGAUACUGAUGCUAUUUUUCAUACUUCUUCUGUUGUGCAUUCUUUCCGCGAUAUUCAACGUCUUAUGGACGAACGCUAAUAGAGACGGCCUCUGGUAUUUGGGUUUACAAGAGAAAAUGACCAAGAAUUUUGCGUUUAAUCUUUUGACAUUUAUUAUUCUCUUCAAUAAUUUAAUACCAAUAUCGCUGCAAGUGACGCUCGAAGUGGUAAGAUUCGUUCAAGCCACAUUUAUUAACAUGGAUAUAGAGAUGUAUCACGCGGAGACAGAUACUCCAGCGAUGGCUCGUACGAGUAAUUUAAACGAGGAACUCGGAAUGGUGAAUUAUGUAUUCACGGAUAAAACCGGUACUCUUACAAAGAACGUUAUGGAAUUCAAACGAUGUUCGGUCGGUGGAAAACUAUAUGAAUUGCCAAAUCCUUCAAACGACCAUGGAAGCACGAGCGAUAGCAGUUGUGAAUUAAUUAAAGAUAUUGUCGAAGGAAGGUCUGUACGGGACUCCUCGAAUCUUAUUGAUAAGAAGAAAGCGGAGCACGCGACUGUGCUUCACGAAUUUAUGGUCAUGUUGUCGGUUUGUCAUACGGUUAUUCCCGAGAAAAUAGAUAAUUCUAUAAUUUAUCACGCUGCAUCUCCUGAUGAAAGAGCGUUAGUGGACGGAGCACGUAAAUUUAAUUACGUGUUCGAUACACGGACGCCCAGUUACGUGGAAGUCAUAGCUCUAGGCGAGAUACUACGGUACGAAAUACUGAAUGUAAUAGAAUUCACUUCGGCCAGGAAGCGAAUGUCGGUGGUUGUGAGAACGCCCGAGGGAAAAAUUAAAAUUUUUUGUAAAGGCGCUGACUCUGUAAUCUAUGAAAGAUUGACACCAAUUUCUUUAGAAACUAGCGAUCUUGACCAAGAACAUGUAGAUGAUUUUCGAGAGGUGACUUUAGAACAUUUGGAAAUGUUUGCUACCGAAGGAUUGCGGACGCUAUGUUUUGCUGCCGCGGAAAUACCUGAAAAUGUUUAUCAGCGGUGGUGCGAAUCCUAUCAUAAAGCGUCGAUUAGUAUGAUAAAUCGUGAAAACAUGCUAGAGCAGGCUGCGAAUCUUAUUGAGACUAAACUCACAUUAUUGGGAGCAACUGCGAUCGAGGAUCAACUGCAAGAUGAAGUACCGGAAACGAUACAGGCUCUUUUACAAGCUGAUAUCAAUGUCUGGGUGUUGACGGGAGAUAAACAGGAGACCGCCAUAAAUAUCGGUUACUCGUGCAAGCUAAUAACACAUGGAAUGCCUCUUUAUGUCAUCAACGAAUCUUCUUUAGAUAAAACGAGAGAAGUUAUCAUCCAACGUUGUCUUGAUUUUGGGAUUGACUUAAAAUGCCAAAACGAUGUGGCUCUAAUUAUAGAUGGCAGUACGUUAGACUACGCUCUGUCUUGUGACAUUAGGAUGGAUUUUAUGGAAUUGUGUUCAGCUUGCAAAGUAGUUAUCUGUUGUAGAGUGUCACCGAUACAAAAAGCUGAGGUAGUUGGUUUAAUCACGAGUAACAAGAAAGGUGUGACUCUUGCAAUCGGGGAUGGUGCGAAUGAUGUGGCUAUGAUACAGAAAGCUCACAUUGGCGUCGGUAUUUCGGGUGUCGAAGGUCUUCAAGCAGCCUGUGCCUCUGAUUAUUCCAUCGCACAGUUUCGUUUUCUGAAACGUCUAUUACUCGUUCACGGUUCUUGGAAUUAUAGUAGAAUGUGUAAAUUAAUCUUAUACUCGUUCUACAAGAAUAUUUGUCUAUAUGUUAUCGAAUUAUGGUUUGCCAUUUAUUCCGGCUGGUCCGGACAGAUCCUUUUCGAAAGAUGGUCUAUUGGACUUUAUAACGUUGUUUUUACCGCUGCGCCUCCAUUAGCUAUGGGUCUCUUCGAUAAAGUGUGUUCCGCAGAAACUCGCUUAGCACAUCCAGCAUUAUACGCGACGAAGAAUAAUGGCGACUCGUUCCUUAGUAUUAGAAUAUUUUGGAUAUGGAUUACGAAUGCACUAUUUCAUUCGGCGUUACUUUAUUGGUUGCCGCUUAUGGCUCUCAAACAAGAUGUGGCUUGGGGGAACGGUAGAGACGGCGGUUAUCUUCUAUUAGGAAACUUUGUUUAUACUUAUGUUGUAGUAACAGUAUGCGCGAAGGCAGGUCUAAUAAUAAACUCGUGGACAUGGGUCACUCAUUUAGCAACCUGGGGAUCUAUUAUACUCUGGUUCUUAUUUAUUUUUAUAUAUAGUAAUUUUUGGCCCGUCUUGAACGUCGGCGCUGUGAUGUUAGGCAAUGAUAGAAUGUUAUUUUCUUCGCCUGUUUUCUGGCUGGGACUUAUAUUAAUACCGACAGCAGUAUUGCUAUUAGAUGUUACAGUAAAUGCAAUGAUGAAUACGGUUUGGAAAUCAGUGACGGAGACAGCCCGAGAGAAUGAAAUUAGGACAUCCGAUCCUGGUGAUGUAUUCAACAAUCAGGAUUACAGAAGCUCGAGGUCGAGGUCGACGAAGCGAUGGUUGAGUCGAUAUUGGACCUUGAUCUUUCCGCGACGAAGGCGCAAUAGGUUGAGAGUAUUUCCGUUUGUAGCACGUGGCUCGUGGUUUACGCACCGUUCCGAGCAUGCAUCAUCCGCUACACUUCAACUUUCAUAUUCCUGAACAAUGCGUCCAUCCCGUAUAUUCCUAAAGUGCCAAGCUAGUAAGCGUUUCAACUUUAUACGAUUAUUACAUCUUCCUCGCAUACAUUCCUCUCUUUCGAGUACAACAUGAUAUAUUAGCACGCGAUAAGUCUUGUAUGAUAUAAUCAACGAUAUCCAUAUAGACAUAUCCUAUGAAUCAUUCAUCCAACGCAUUUCUGCGUAAACUGAAAUAUUUAUAUUUUUGGCUCGAAAAAAAAAUUUAUUAUUUAUUUACUUAUAUUAAUUUAAAAAUCAUAUGUAUAUUAUUAUUUCUUAUAUUUUUUUAUUUGUUAUAAUUUUCAAUGAAUGCAGAACGAUGUAAUUAAUUAAUAAUUGUAUAAUAUUUAAUUUACAAUAUUUAUUGGAGCACACGAAAUAUGUUUCUUGUCUAUUAUACAUAUUAUGUAUAUGUAUAUAUAUUAUAUAUAUUAUACAGUAAAAUCUUUCGCGUGGCUUCUCUUUUGUUUCUAGUAAAUUGUUUAUAUUACUUUGGAAAAAUUGUAAAUGAGAAAUAAUGCGCUAUAACAUAAUGACAUACAAUAGGUUCCACUGUAUAUGUAUAUCUCUCCGAUAUUGUUUUUCUUAUUGUUAUUAUGUAUUAUUAUUAAUUGUUAUCAACAGCAUAUCGUGCUUCUAUUAUUUUUAAUUAAAGAUUUUCUUUACACACCACGUUCAUUACUUAAGAAAACAAUUAAUUUCCACCACUUUAUCUGCAUACAAUACGUAUUUUAGCAUAAUUUUAGGUAAUAAAUUAAUCCCUCCCGUAUUUUUUACUCUGUAUACAUACGUGCACAAAAAAUAUUUCGGUUGAGCUAGAUUAACUUUGUUAUAUUCAGACCUCCAUUUAUGAUAACGAUGCAACUGAGAGAUAAUCAUAGGAUAUAUAAAAUAAACCAUUCUCUUCAAAUAACAGCGCUUGUAGAAUUAGUAAUGUGUAUCGCUAUGUGUACUAUACUUAUAUACUAUACUAAUGUUUACUGUGUACUGUAGAAUUUGCCGUUCGUUAAUGCGGUUUCUUUUUGAUAUGUUCUUUUCCGUGGUAUCCC